AGCCAUGGCUUGCGAGAGGAAGGGCCUCUCGGAGCUGCGAUCGGAGCUCUACUUCCUCAUCGCCCGCUUUCUGGAAGAUGGACCGUGUCAGCAGGCGGCUCAGGUGCUGAUCCGCGAGGUGGCCGAGAAGGAGCUGCUGCCCCCGGGCACCGACUGGACGGGCAAGGAGCACCCCCGGACCUACCAGAAUCUGGUGAAGUAUUACAGACAUUUAGCACCUGAUCAUUUGCUGCAAAUAUGUCAUCGAUUAGGACCGCUUCUUGAACAAGAAAUUCCCCAGAGUGUUCCUGGAGUACAAACUUUGUUAGGAGCUGGAAGGCAGUCCUUGCUUCGCACAAAUAAAAGUUGCAAACAUGUUGUGUGGAAAGGAUCUGCUCUUGCUGCAUUACAUUGUGGAAGGCCACCUGAGUCACCAAUUAACUAUGUUUUUGAGAGGAUAAAAGCAUUAAGAGGAACUUUUUCAAGCAGCACUGAAUGGCAAUUCUGUAUGUUCUGUGUGAAACUAGAUGAGUUCCUGGAUAUUGGGACAGUGGAAAGACGUCACCUUGCACCAAAUAAAAUCAUGAAGCCUCUUAUGCUGGUUUUGGGACUCUCCAGUGACAGUUUUAGAAAUGGGGGCAUGCCUCCAGGGUAUCAUUUAAGAAGCAACAGUACAUCAGGAGCAGACAGGCUGGAACUGGGUUAA